AUGGCGACCUGCGGCGUCACCUCCGUCGACUGCGAGAAGCAAGUCCGGUCGUGGCGCCUCCUCCGCUCCAUGGCCGAGCUCCUCCUCCCCACGUGCAACUGCAUCAUCACUCAAGAAAACGAGCCACAUUCGCAUCCGCCACAAAUCAAACAAUUCCGCCACAAGCGAGCCUCCUCCGCCUCCGGCCCCACCACCGUCUCCGGCACCCUCUACGGCCACCGCCGCAGCAAAGUCACAUUGUGCAUCCAAUCAAGUCCGAUCUCAACUUCCCCAAUUCUCCUCCUCGAGCUCGCCAUCCCUACCAACGUUCUAGCGAAGGAAAUGAAGGGCGGAUCAAUCCGGUUCGCCUUUGAGUCGGGCGCGGGUGCGGGUCCCUUGUUGUCCAUGCCAGCGUGGACAAUGUAUUGCAAUGGGAGGAAAUUAGGGUUUGCCGUGAAGAGGAAACCCUCGAGGGCUGACGUGGAGCUUCUAGAAAAGAUGCAAAACGUCGUCGUGGGGGCCGGCCUAGCCGACGACGACGUGAUGUAUCUUCGCGGGAAAUUUGAAAGAUAUCAUGGCUCUUCGAAUUCGGAUUCUUUCCAUUUGGUAGACCCGGAUGCGGCUAGGAAUGGGCAGGAGUUGAGUUUUUAUUUUCUUCGAUCGUGUUGA